UCCAAUUACGGCGAAAAACUAAUUUGCAUAUUUUUUCAACUUCUGAUAAGCACAACAGCCAUGGAUUCCGAGAUUUUACAAGGCCACGACCAUUCUCUAUCUGUUGUUUACAACAGUGAAGGUUUGGAGUGCGAUGCUUGCGAUCUAUCGUUUCGUGAGGGCUACUCUUGCAAUAUAUGCAAGUUUACGAUUCACAGGAAAUGUGCAUUUGUGUUCAAGAGACAAGAGACGUUCGAGCAUCCUUCUCAUGUUGGGCAUCGCCUUCAGCUUCUCACAACGGGGACUCUUGAUCACACCGACCCGAAAUGUCAUAUUUGCGACAAAAACACUAAGCGUCUUCAUUAUCAUUGCUCCAUUUGUAAGCUCAGUUUGGACGUUGAUUGCAUGGUUGAUGCUAUGUGUGCCCGAGCCCAUCUUAUUAUGCCGUGGCACCACCAUCCUCUACUCAUGGUUGAUUUUGGACUUACCAUGCGGUGCGAUGUUUGUCUUACACGCCAUGGAUAUGGCUACUUUUGCCCUCGUUGCAGGUUGGUGGUUCAUGAUGGAUGUGUCUCUGUAUUUAACUCACUAGAGAUCACUCACCCUUCUCAUGUCAGACACCCUCUUAAGCUUCUCACCCACGGAGCUCCACAUUACACAGAUCCAGAAUGUCAUAUAUGUGGUAAAGACACUGAGAACUUACUUUACCAUUGUGAUAUGUGUAAGUUCAACUUGGAUCUGAGUUGUGUGAUUGAAAAAAAACCACCAGUUGCUCUUUCAAAUCUGAAGGUCCAUGAGCAUACACUCACACUCAUGCCAAGAUUGAUCUCUUUUGUUUGUGAUGCUUGUGGGGAAAAAGGCGACCGUUCUCCUUAUGUAUGUAAUCAGUGCGAUUACAUGAUCUUCCAUCAAGAUUGUGCUCAUUUACCACGCGUCAUUCAUGUCAAUCACCAUGAUCAUCGUGUCUUGUACAAGUAUCCUCUUGGUCCUGGAGAAUGGAAAUGUGGAGUUUGUUGGGAAGAAAUUGAUUGGUCAUAUGGAGCAUAUUCAUGUUCCUUAUGUCCUAACUACGCUCUUCACUCAAGAUGUGCAAUAAGGAAAGACGUGUGGGAUGGGAAAGAGCUUGAUGGAGUACCUGAAGAAAUUGAAGAUAUUAGGCCAUUCAAGUUGAAUGAUGACAACACAAUCACUUAUUUCGCACAUGAACAUGACAUGCACCUCCUCAACAAAGAUGGUAUAGCUCUGGAUGAAAGCAUCUUGUGUGGAGCAUGUGUUCGACCCAUCGGUUCUAACACAUUCUACAACUGUUCAGAUUGUAGUUUAGUUUUCCAUGAAACAUGUGCUAAUCUUCCCCAGAAGAAAAGACAUUUUCUAAACCCAAGACCUCUUUCUCUUCAUCCUUAUACCAAAGAAAAGUGUGAUGCUUGUCUUCAAAUUUGCUGCGAAGGGUUUAUGUAUAUUGAUAGAGCUCAAAGGUUUGACUUAGUGUGCUGUUCAAUCACAGUGCCAUUUAUCCAUGGAAGUCAUCCUCAUCCUUUACUCUACCUCAAACUACAAUAUGGUCACUUGAAAACAUGCCAGAGCUGCGGCAUUAAUGAAAAAGGAGUCGUCCUAGGUUGUAUAAGAUGCAAUUAUUAUUUGGAUUUUCGCUGUGCUACUCUACCAUUAAUGGUGAAACUUCCUAGGUAUGACGAUCAUCCACUCACUCUUUGUUUUGGAGAAAAGGCAAGCGGGAAGUAUUGGUGUGAUAUAUGUGAAAGAGAAACAAACCCAAAGACUUGGUUUUACACGUGUAAACAUUGUAGAGUCACUUUGCAUGUUCUGUGUGUACUUGGGGAUAUUAGGUACGCCAAAGCCGGAGGAAAGAUCGAAGACGACGUUGAGUUACUACCUAACAAUAGAUCUUCACGACCUUUCUGUAACAAUUGCUAUACUCGUUGUCCAGGUCCAUUCAUUCUUAAGGAUUCUUUCGAAGACAAGUUAUUUUGUUCUUAUUGCUGUUUCAGCCGUUUCAACUUCUGGAGAACUCUAAGGAAGGCGAUUAAAGUCAUACACCCUCCAUGGGCAAAAACCAAUACUUAAUAAGGUGUCGAUGAAACCAAAGAAACACAUCACUUCUAUUGUGGCUUCUUCUGUGGGACUCUUUUGCUAAUAAUAAAUUGGGCACAAUGAUUUAAGUUUGGUUCUUGUUUGUGUUAUGAGCCAUUUGGGUAUUAGACCGUAGCUAGUGGUUGUGUAAAGCAUUUUACUCUAAUGUUUUAAGUUGUUAAACAACCGGUCAAUGCCUUAAUUUACUUAUAAUCUUUUUAACUUGUAUACUUUUAUUUUUUGUUUUGGUUGUUAUGGACGUGAAAGAAAAUUUCCAUGUAGGACU